CCUCCUCUCUCUCUCUCUCUCUCUAUACCCCCCACCAUUUGCGUACCAUAAAACAACCAAUUCAUCAUACAUCUCCAACCCCUGCCAUGGACAUGGUGGAGAUGUCUAACGAUAAUAAUCACAACAACAAUCCUCCCACUUCUCGCACCAAAGACUUCUUCGCCUCUCCCGCUCUCUCCCUCAGCCUCGCUGGGAUAUUUCGCGAUGCGAGAGCAAACGCUGUUGGGCCGGCGAGUUCGGAAGGAGAGGAGGGAAGCUGUGGUGGAGGUGGAAGAAGAGAUAUUGAUCCGACGGUGGAGAUUAGUAGUGAGAACUCGGGGCCGGUGAGAUCAAGAUCAGUGGAUGAGGAUUUUGAUAACGAACUGGGAGAUCAUGAUCUUGAUGAUUUUGACGAAGACGAUGACGAUGGAGACAAGAAGAAAAAGAAGAAGAGAAAGAAAUACCACCGACAUACUUCUGAACAAAUCAGAGAAAUGGAUGCGCUAUUUAAAGAGUCACCGCACCCAGAUGAGAAACAAAGGCAGCAAUUGAGCAAGCAAUUGGGCCUGGCUCCUCGCCAGAUCAAGUUUUGGUUUCAAAAUCGUCGAACCCAAAUCAAGGCUAUACAAGAACGCCAUGAGAAUUCCUUGUUGAAAAAUGAAAUAGAGAAACUAAGAGAGGGCAAUAAAGCCAUGAGAGAAACCAUAAACAAAGCUUGUUGCCCCAACUGUGGCAUGGCUACUACUAGCAGAGACGCAAGCAUAACAACUGAAGACCAACAAUUACGCAUAGAAAAUGCCAAGCUCAAAGCCGAGGUCGAGAGGCUUCGAAAAGCGAUAGGAAAAUACUCUGCAGGAGCUACGGCUUCUUGCUCAGAAAAUGAGCAAGAAAACAGAAGCUCAUUAGAUUUCUACACUGGAAUUUUUGGGCUUGAGAAGUCGAGAAUUAUGGAGAUUGCGAAUCAAGCAUUGGAAGAGCUCAAAAAGAUGGCUACAGCAGGAGAACCACUGUGGAUUCGAAGCUUGGAGACGGGGCGCGAAAUACUUAAUUAUGAUGAAUAUGUGAAAGAGUUUAAGGUUGAAUAUUCAAGCAAUGAGAGGCCCAAGAGAUCGAUCGAGGCGUCGAGAGAGACUGGUUUUGUUUUUGUCGAUCUGCCAAAACUAGUACAAAGCUUCAUGGAUGUGAAUCAAUGGAAGGAAAUGUUUCCAUGCAUAAUCUCAAAAGCCGCCACGGUCGACCUUAUCAGCAAUGGUGAAGGUGGUACUAAAAAUGGUGCGGUACAAUUGAUGUUUGCAGAGCUACAGAUGCUCACGCCAACGGUGCCCACAAGAGAAGUGUAUUUUGUCAGAUAUUGCAAGCAACUGAGUUCUGAACAAUGGGCAAUUGUCGAUGUUUCAGUAGAUAAGGUUGAAGAAAAUAUCGAUGCUUCACUGUCAAAAUGCAGAAAACGCCCUUCCGGUUGCAUUAUUGAGGAUAAAUCAAAUGGUCACUGCAAGGUGAUUUGGGUGGAGCACUUGGAAUGCCAGAAGAGCCCAGUUCACAGCUUGUAUCGGACUGUCGUUAAUGGCGGUCUGGCCUUUGGGGCAACGCAUUGGAUCGCCACAUUACAGCUCCAGUGUGAAAGGCUUGUUUUCUUCAUGGCAACCAAUGUUCCUACCAAGGAUUCAAGUGGUGUUGCCACACUGGCUGGGAGGAAGAGCAUUUUGAAGUUGGCACAGAGAAUGACAUGGAGCUUUUAUCACGCAAUCGGGGCGUCAAGCUACCAUACAUGGAACAAGGUCACAAGCAAAACAGGGGAGGACAUAAGGAUUUCUUCCAGGAAGAACUUAAACGAUCCUGGCGAACCUAUCGGGGUGAUCCUGUGUGCAGUUUCAUCUUUGUGGUUGCCUGUCUCUCCUCAUGUCCUGUUCGAUUUCUUAAGAGAUGAAGCUCAUCGACAUGAGUGGGAUAUCAUGUCAAGUGGAGGUCCAGCACAAACCAUAGCAAACUUAGCCAACGGCCAAGAUCGCGGCAAUACAGUAACGAUUCAAGCAAUGAAUGUAAAUGAGAAUAGCAUGUGGAUACUCCAAGAUGGCUGCACAAAUGCAUAUGAAUCCAUGGUGGUUUAUGCUCCUGUGAACAUUACAGGCAUGCAGUCUGUGAUUACUGGAUGUGACUCAAGCAAUGUAGCAGUGCUACCUUCAGGGUACUCAAUUCUUCCAGAUGGGAUUGAGUCAAGACCUCAAGUGAUCACAUCUAGGCAAGAGGAGAAGAGCACAGAAGGAGGAUCUUUGCUUACUAUAGCAUUUCAAGUUCUAACUAAUGCAUCUCCAAUGGCCAAACUUACCAUGGAAUCUGUCGAGUCUGUUAACACAUUAAUAUCAUGCACAUUGCGAAAUAUUAAAACAAGCUUAAAAUGCGAAGAUAGUUGAUUGUCGUAGCCUUUAUUAAUUAGGAAACACUUAUGAUUGUUAAAUUAUUAGGGUUUUCUCUAUUCCUCCCCAAGAUUUUUUUUGAAACAGAGGAGGUUAUCUUCUUUCUCUUUUUUUUGUAGAUUUGUUUUACAUCUUCUUCAAUUAGAAUGGACAACAUGGAGUAGCAGAUUUAUUUGUAGCUGGAAUUUUGAGAGUAAUCUACAAAUCUAAAAAAUGAGAUACUC